UAAUCCUUUAAUGAAUAAGACUUUAUUUUUUAUGCAAUAACUCAGCAGUUCAGCUUUUAAUAAACGAGUUGAGAUCUAAAAUGUUUUUAUUUUAUUGUAAAGGCCACUAAAAGGGUAAACAGUUGUUUUACUUGAACUUCUAUAUUGCCUCUUUCAAUGCCGAGUACUUUUAACUUUGCUGAUAGAAACUUUACAAACAAUUGAGAAAAUAGACGUCAAGCAUCAGUAUAUGGAAUAAAAGAAAAGAACAAUUAGUUUUUUUCUGUAUGUAGACGCCUGUUGAUACCUUGGAAACGGAAGAAAGGACACAAACAAUGUAUUGAAAAUAAAAACCUUAUAGUUAAUUUAUAUUAUCGCUUUACAUUUUGAUACAUGUGGAAAAGCGCCGCCCUGCUCGUUAAAAGGGAAGAAAAACAAAGUUUGUCGCCACACUUCACUAACUGAGUCAUGACGAAGUAAUAAAGACACAUUUAUCUCGAUGUAUCGUAAAAGAUAUUCUUUGUUUUUGUGCAUUUUUAUCAUCGAAUUAAAUACGUUCCAAUGUUUUGAUCCAUUUUUUAAUAGAAAUUCAAAAUAUGAAUAUAACAUGGGUGACUUAAAUAUUGGUUAUUUGAUCUCUGUUCACGAGAAGGAAGACGGUAUUGGUAACUAUUGCAGUAACAGGAUUAGGGUCAACAGCUAUUUUGAUACGGUCGCGGUAAGACUGGCUGUUAAGAGGAUCAAUGAUAACAAUUUUAUUAAAGGAAUAAAGUUAGGUUAUACCAUCCUUGACGAUUGCGAUAGUAAUCUGGCUGCGUUGGGGGAGAGCUUAUAUUUUUUACCAGCCGAAAUUUUCCACGUAAACGCCGUUAUCGGGCCCUAUUCUAGCACAAAGUCAAUGAUGGUUUCUCCUCUCCUGAGCCUCUAUAGAAUACCACAACUAUCGAGAAUGGCAACUAGCGACGAAUUAUCCGAUAAAAGUCGAUUUCCUUAUUUUUCAAGGAUUGUCAGUCCCGAUCGGUAUCAGGCAAAUGCUGUGAUUGAGUUCAUAUCGGCUCUAAACUGGAAUUAUUUUUCAUUAAUCUACUCUGAGGGUUCCUAUGGGGAGAAUGGAGCUAAAAAAUUGAGAAAAGCCGCCGAAGCCAAAGGAAUUUGUUUGGCAAUUGAUGAAAUGGUACCAGGGAAGCAAACGUUUGAAACGUGGCAAAGUAUUAUGAGAAAGUUGACAAUGACUUCCACUUGGAACGUUAUUGUUAUACUACUCUCCUGGAACGAUGUAAAUAUAUUCUAUUCUAAACUGCCAGCCUUUCCUGGUCUUGAUAAUAAGAUAUUUAUUGGUAUGGAUACUUUAAUGAGUUUGAAUCAAGACCAUAGACGUACAGCGGCGUAUAGAAGUUUUUAUACUGUAUUUCCACUGGCCAAUAUACCAAAUUUCGUUUCUGUUAUCAUAUCCCAGAAUCCAGACAAUUCUAAAGAUAACGUCUGGAUAGAUGAAUUGUGGUCGGAUUUAUUCAAUUGUAAAUGGAAUACUAGCUCUGUCAAAGAAUUAUGUCAAAAGUCGUGGAACAUUACGGCUAGUCCUAAAUCAUUUUUAGAAGGGUUAUGGUCGUCUGGAAUUUAUGAUGCAACGUUUGUAUUAGCCGAGGCAAUGCGGACCGCUAGGGAUGUCUAUUGUCCAUCGGCCAAGGGUAGAGAACUAAAAGAGUGCGUUAGCGGAGAAAGACUGCUAAACACUCUUAGAAAAGGUAAUUACAGUACGCUAACUGGAUAUUUAAAUUUCGAUAGAAACGGUGACGUUAUUGGAGAUUACGAUAUAAUGCAGUAUGGAAGAGAUGGUAAAAAGAUUAAAGUCGGUAAAUGGCUUAGAUCUAGAAAUAUUAUGAAAUUAAAUCAUAAUAUUAGAUGGAUAAAUAACACUAUACCAGAGUCAAUAUGUAGUAAACCAUGCCCACUUAAGUAUUAUACAUUGAAAACAGAGAUAUCCUGUUGUUGGGAAUGCCGGAAGUGCAGAAAUAAUGAGAUAAUAAUUAAUAAUUCAUCCUGUAAGCCAUGUCCACAGUUUACUUGGCCAGAUGUAGAAACAUCUUUAAUAUGCUCCCCAAUAGAUCCUGUUUUUCUGGAAUGGCAUGAACCGGAAAGCAUAUUCCUUCUAAUUGUAUCAUCGUCAGGCCUCUUCUUGACAUUUUGUAUUUGUGUUAUUUAUAGAUUAAAAAGAGACCAAAAGUUAAUUAAAGCAAGUUCCAUACUAUUAAGCAAUAUUAGUCUAAUUGGAAGUGGAACAACAUUUUUAACAAUAUAUUUUAUUGUAGCUAAACCAACUAAUGCAACAUGCCUAAUUGGUUACAUAACCUUCAACUUAUCCUACAGUAUAAUUUACGCUCCAUUUCUAUGUAAAGUAAUAAGACUUUUAAGAAUUUUCAAAGCAGGUUCAACCGGUAAACGUGGUCUUAGGUUUAUCCAAGAUAAACAUCAGAUAAUAUUUUCAUUUAUCAUAAUAUUAUUACAAUUGACAAUACUUUCUAUAAUGAUUUCGUUUGGGUCUAUAAAAUCAACUUUAAAUCAACCAAAUCCACAUGAAAAACGCGUACAGAUCAUUUGUAAUUUACCAGCGGCUAGCAUUAUUUCACCCCUGGUAUUUAAUAUAUUAAUUUCUAUAAUUUGUUGCUUUUUCGCUUUCCAAACAAGAAAACUACCGGAAAACUUUAACGAAGCAUCUCAAAUUUUUGGUUCAGUUUGUACAACACUAUUUGUAUGGAUUGUAUUAGUUCCAGCCUAUUUUAUAGUUGAAGACAAUAGAUUUAGAAUGAUAUUAUUGGCAAGCUGCUGCUUAUUAAACGCCUCCGUAACCACUUUAUGCUUAUUCAUGCCUAAGUUAUACGCCUUAAGAUUCGUUGAAAAGUGUAAAUUAGUAUUCAACUUUCAAAUUACAGAAAACAUUAUUUCGCCAAUAACUUAGAGUGUAUGUAUACCCUUUAAAUAGAUAGAAACGUGUAUUAGUUUCUUAGUGCUGUUAAUCCUUUACUUCUCCCACACGCUGUGAUCUCCCACCCACAAGCCUUUUCAUUUGUCAAAUCUGUAUUCUUAUUCUUAUUUUUAUUAAUGUUCAAUAAAAUCAUAACAUUAAUAGCACCGAAAGCACUAAAAUAUUCGCUAAACCUUUGAACGAUUGCGAUAGCUUGGAGAGAAAGAAAAAAAUGUAUAUCAAUAGUCUUUUCAAGACCGAGAUAAUUAUACCUUUAAACUUCUUUAUUGGACACUUUAACUUACUGGCACGCAUAUAUUCAAAGAC